AUUAGAUGGGGAUGAUAUUAUCACCUUUGGGCGUUGAUCUCGUGCUAAGUUAACAAACAGUUAAUGAUAGCUUGGCAGCCAUUAUCGCCCAUCCGCUCUUGUCUUCUUCCUGUCUUCAAUUUCUCCGUUCAAAUCUCUUUCCCGCGAUCUCCCUCUAUAUCCUCGCAAAACGCACUACACACUUCAUCAUGGAGUCGGAGCUUGGAAUUUUGGUGUAUUAGCUGUUAGAAGAUGAGAUUAUAAUGCUCACAGAAGUAGGCAAUUUAGGGGUUUUGGAGCGUUUGGUUUGCUAGGAGAUUAAGGUGAUGUUGUGAUGGAUUUCGUUUUAGUUCUUUUCGCUGUGGAUUUUGGUGAUAAUCAGCUCCUGUCACGUCUGCUCAUGUGGUGGCGAGAUUGGAGGAGGAAGUGGGCCAAGUGGCCAUGGAUUCUGGUGGCGUGGAAGCAGUAGAGACCUAUUGGGUGCCCCUGCUCAUGUGGUGGACAUGCAGCAUUAAGAAUUGGAGUAAAUUGGUUUCCAUACUAACUUGAAUUUGUUCUUAGCUUUGUUUGCCUUUCGGUUUUCACAUUUUUUCCCCAAUUUCCUUGAAUGCUAAGGAGUAAUUGUGAAUUUUGUGAUAUCUUCUGUUACUUAUUGCUAGAGGUGUUGGAAUUUGAAGGCAAUAAGGAGGCAUGAGCUGGAGAUUUAGUUCUUUAUCUGAAAUCUUAUGCUCUGUUUGAUGGCUACAUUCAAAAGAGGGAUAGACUUUGACAAUGCAGUGAAUUUCUUUCUUGUAGUGGAUAUUUCAGAUAACUGCAUUUAUUAGGCUACUUAAAAUACUUGGUGAAACGGUUGCUCUGAAACUUGUUACUUCAUUCAGUCUUAUUUCUUAAAUGGUGUCUUUUGCUGUGUAUAUCAUCUGAGAUGAUCAUGUGUGAUCUGUGGCUUGAUCUGACCCUGAAAUGAUUGUGAAGGAUUUAGGUGUGUUACAUCCAGUUCUGAGAAUGAUGCUACCAGAUGGAGUUCUAUAUUGUUGUCAGACUAUCUCUAUCUCCAUUCUCCAUAUUGUUGUCAGACUGCUUCUCUCUGCUGCCACAGUUUCUUUUUUGGAUGCUAUCAGAUGGGUAAUGGGAAAAGCUUGUGCUCUUCUGAGUUGUGGAAAGGAUUAGAGGUUCAUCUUGAUAUCACUUCCAAUGAUUAUAAUAUUGGAUAUGCACAUCUGAAAUUGGCCCAUCCUUGAUUACUGGAGAGCUGAAAAUUUUCAAACAGAGUUUCCAAUAUUUCAUAAGGAAGGUGCUGUCUUCUGUAAAGCAUUUAACCAUUAAAAUGUGGAUUAAAAUACUUAACGAUGGUAAUAAGGGUUCUAUCCAAAGAGAAGAAAAGAUUGUGGUACUAGUGUACUACCUUAUGGUGGUAAAGGGUGGAAUAAAAAAAAAAGAAAGAAAGAGGGGAACUGAUAACAGAGCCAUAAAUCUGUCAACAUGUGAAACAAGCUAUGCAGCUGAAGCCUAGCACUCUCUCAAAGUUGCUAGAUGAUCAUGGUUUCAGCCUUUCAGGGUUUCUUCACCUGCCGUUAAUUGAAAAGCCAGCAGAUGCACAACCUGCUAUGGAUAUAGUCAUAUAGAGUCUGUGGAGUGGCUAGGCGUUUGACAAGAUCAAGGUUUUUUGUUCUCCAAAAGAAGUGCAAAGCUGAAGAGGAUCCAAAGAGCAAGUUCUGUAAUUCUGUAAAGUGGUAUGAUAUGGUGAAUCCACCUGCAGGUAUUCAAUCUUUACCUCAGGUUCUUGGAGAAACAAAUGGAAGCCAAAAUUUGAUUUUGGAAUCUGAAAAAGAUAAAAAAUUUCCAGAAUCUAUGAAGUUGUUUGCUGAUAAUAUUGACCACAGGCUCAUCUCCUCUACAACAUCAAGCACAGGGGGAAUACUUACAAAUUUCCCUGUCUUGGAAAAGAAUGUGACUUCAUUGUCAUCUCAAUGUUGUCUAACAUCUGAGGAUAGUCCAAGAACAAAUAUUUGUGGGGCUCAUGAUCCAUCUAUAGUUGUUCCAUCAAAUGUUAAUGGUUCUUUAAAUGCUGACUACAAAGUUAAAACAUCGGUAUGGCCUUCACAGAAGAUAUUACAUUCUAAGGUAGAAGCUGAAUAUGAUGUGCAAGGACAAGAAAUGUUUUCCUCCUCAACUAUGACAGCUGAAACUAUAUUGAAAGAGAAAACAAAGCACUUAACCACAAAGAGGCAAAAUCAUAGCACAAGGAAGUGUGAUAAUGCUCCUCCAAAGAUGAGGCGUCAUAACGUUACUAUUCAAGCUGGGCAGAGUCCAGUUGACAGUUCUCUAAAUUUGAAAGGUGCAUCAGACAUUGAUCAUAAAGAGCUGGUAGCAGUUGCAAACAUGGUUCAUGUUGCCAAAAGAGUUGCCUCUGAUACCCCAUAUUGGAGUGAAAUGGAAAUUUUCUUUGCUUCUGUCAGUCCAGAGGACUUAGAUUUUCUGAAUAAACAAGGUCUCAAGGAAAUAGAAGGAGAUAGUAAAAAACACGAAAAUGGCAAAGCACAAGUUUCAGUUGACUCUGAUCCUUUAUUUCAAGGAGCCCAGAGUAUGAGUAGAUUGGACAGAGGUCCCUCAUUAACCCAGAGAGUUCUUUCAGCUGUGAUUGUUGAAGAUGAAGUUGAAGACUUGUACAAUCAGAAUGAAGGAAGUAUUUCCUUUCAGUGCACAAAUGAUACCCCUGACCAUGGUUCACUUGAUGUUAUGGCGAAUGAUCCAAAUAAUUGCAACAGAGUAUUAACUGAAGUUGAGUUGGGAGUGGAUUUGCAGGCUCCAUAUAAUUGCUUGCUGGAUGAAGUUUCCUGUAAUAGGAAUAUUGCAUCUCAUACUCAAAGUAAUCAAUAUGAAUCAAGUUCAUCCCAUUGCAAUGAAAGCUCAUCAAAUGGUUUCUUGCCAUUUCCAGCUAGAGGAGAUUUUCCUGUGAUUUCCAAAGAGGAUUCUGGUUCAAAAUUUUCUUCAAAGCUUGGCACAUCUGAUAUAUCAUCCUGCAGUUCCCAGUAUCAAAUGCUUCCGCUUGAUGAUAAAAUACGAAUGGAGCUACAGAGCAUUGGCAUACCUCUGGACUCCAUGGCUUGCCCACCCUUGGAGGAAAAAUCUGUUGAUCAAGAAAUUGUGGAACUUAAAGUGGAGUUGGAUAAACAGGGUAUAAAGAAGACACAAAUCUUGAGCCAAAUUGAUGAAGCCAUUCAGCAUGAAAGUCAAGAGGAGAAAAAGAACGUUGAGCAGGAAGCAAUGAACCUACUUCUCAUCACGGCAUACAAAAAGCUGAUGGCUACUAGAGGUGGUAAUUCAUCAAGAAAAGCUGCUAGUAAAGUAGUAGAAGGAAAGACAAAGGCUUUUGCCAAUCGUACUCUUGUUAGAUACAAGGAAUAUGAAAGUACAGGAAAGAGUUGCUUCAGUGAGCCCGAGUUGAAAGAAAUCCUUUUCUCCCCUCCAUGCAAAAAGGAUAUGAAGUCUGCACUGAGUACAUUUCGAAGGAAUUUCAUUGGUGGCUGCCGCAAAAAGGCAACCCGGCGUAAAUCUUACCCCAGAUAUAAAGCAAAAAGCGGUGCUUCAAAUGCUGGUAAAGCUGCUGCUUCCUCAUCAGGAGGCGGGGUUCAGACAGGAGAGUCAUCUGGUUCAAAGGUGCGGUCAAAGCGUUCAUCCUCAGUAGCAUCAUUGAAAGAUGAUCCCUCCUCCUCCUCGGGUAGGGUGAAGAGAAAGAAAUCCUCAGUGAGUGAUGAGGUGGAGCUCCUCCAUGCCCCCAAAGCAAUAGGAAUAGAAAUAGGAGCAGUAAAUGGAAAGAGAAGUAGUUCAAGUAGGAGGGCUGCAGAAGCAGAAUGUUGUGGGAGGUUGAAAAACAAAGCAGUAGAGGAGGAAGAAGUGGAUGAUGUUUUAGCAUGGGAAAGUGAGCUUCACGAAGUGCCGAUCUAUUUGGACCCAGCUAUUGAGGAUCUGAGCAAAACUUUGAGCAUUGUUGUGACUGAGAAAGCUCCAUCUGAAGUUAGCGGCAUGCAUGAUCUGGAAGGAGGUUGGUAUGGUGGGGAUGAUGACCUCACCACAUUGCUCAAUAUUGAUGAAGACGACAUGACGGAAUUGGACUAUGCGCUACGGUGCCCAUGGAUGACCUUUGGGAGUCCAUCUCAUAAAUAAUUCCAUCUUGCUUCAAUUCGCUAUUUUACAUGCAUGCAUUUUAAUUUGCAACAUACGUUUACCCCAUAAACAUCAAGGAUCGGGUUGAGCCCAUCUAAAUAAUUUCCAUUUUACAAAAAUGGACACCUCAGAUUUCAACAUAAACCUUUUUUUUUUUUUAAAUGACUUAUCAGCCAGUUUAUUUUUCUCUAUGGAAGUUUGGAAUUCUCUUUGGAUUUAAAUGAGAAGACAUUUUCUUGAAAUAUCCUUUA